AGCGUCUGAUAGAGGUUUGCAUUCAGCUCUUGACGAUCGUGGCGUUGUGCGCCUUUGCGGUCUCUGCGGGAGUCAUUGUCGGCGCUGUCAUGACACGGUCCACACUCACCCCAGGCAUGUUCCUGGUUUCCGUUACGGCCUUCGAGAAGGAGCCCUUCGCCGAGUUUCUGUCGCUCGACGCCUCGGGGGGAGCAUCCACCACCCCUACCAGCACAACUGCGGUAUUUAGGGCGCAGUUUGUCGUGACCCUUGCACUGAGCAACAAGAUUUCCAUUCGCUCCGGGGUGGCCCUCUGCGCUUCAGGUGCUUUUAUCGAGUCGCUGGGGCUCUUCCUUGAGCUGCUGUAUCUGCCUGCGGGAGUGAUGCCCACUGCGGAUAACUGUUAUUCCGAGACAGGCGCCUUCUCUACGGAGCUGUCUCUCCAGCCCAGCGAGCAAUACCCCUCCCCCACUGCUGCGGGAGACCUCGUGCGACGAGGCCGCCAAAACGCCUCCCUGAUUAAAAGAGCUGGAGUCGAGACAGGCGUGCAGGACGGGGAUACGGAUGACUCCAGCGGAACGCAAGGUGACCCUGCAUCAGCUUCGCGCCUCGUACACGUGGUGCUUUUCCGUGCUGACAAGCGGCUUCAGCAGCUCUUGCAGUAUGACGCCAAUAAAGCACAGUCGCAUCCCGCAGUCGGCCCUACCCAACUAAUUCUAAACUCUGUACCCUUCAUUCCUGGGCUUCGGAGGGGCACAGACAAGGUCUGCCUGUACGUGGGUAUCAACCUUCCGCUGGAGGCUGCCGACAGCGCCUUAAAAGAGAGUAUUAAGCGAGACUGCGAGGAUAGAAAUAGAGUGUUUUUUCAACUCCGGGCUCCUGCUGCUUCCGCCAGCAGUAUGUUUACUCGGCUGUGGCAUAAGCCCUUCGCCUUCGGGCUGUUUUCCGUCCCUUGCACUGCACAGACGGUUGCCGCGGGAGAUUGGCCUCCAAAAAUCAGGGAAAGCUUCAUCCGACAGAAAGAUGCAUACGUUCUCGAGAUGACAAUCCUCUCCAUGGAAAGCGGGCACAACUGA